UACGCCCCCACCGCGGAAGACAUUGGCAGAACAGAUGGCGCCGUCACGCCGCUACUGCAGGAGCAGUGGUGCUUGGCGCAACAGAAGAAGGGUAACGCGCACCCGUGGUUUGUGCUCUUAUAUCGGAACCCGAGUAAAGAAAUCGAGGCUUUUCCCCUACUCAAGUCCGCAUUUUUUAGUGCAGCUGCAUCGCAGGAGCAGUCCUCUGGUGCGUCCUCAGAACAAGUGCCAGGUUAUAAUUUAAGUAACGGUUCAGUUCGGUUUAAGAUUAAAGCACACACGGAUUUAAGUGGCGGAAAUAAUGGUAGCCGGGUGUGCCUGCAGCGUGUGCGGCAGCGGCGCCCCUCAGAUGAGGAAGGUUUGCGGUACAGACAGCCGGAUACGCUGAAGUUUCACUUUCAGAAUGAUUUCUGGUUCCGGAAGAGUACUAAGGGUAGAAGCGCACGACCAGGCUACGAUUUCUCACGGGCAGAACCCCACUUUUUCUCCGUCGCUCCAUCCUACGUUUUCUCCUCUCCGAGAGAAAUUUCGCUGCACGACAAGUUUGACGAGCAGUGGUGGCUGUGCGAUGCGGAGACCCGCGAGCAGCGAUUUUUCGACAAGGUUAGAUUGUGUCCGUCCCGCGAGCCGCGAUGUUUUUGGUCCUAUAGAGAUAUCGGACGUAAACGACUGGAAACCAAAAUCGUGAUGGAGGGUUGUCGAGCACGUGGUGGGUCACCGCCUGGUCGUCCCCCGUUAAGCACUGGGCGGUAUUUUUCGCUGGAAGAGAACCCACUGUAUUCGGCAGAGAAACCGCCUUAUUUCUCGCGGACCUUGGGGCGGUGGUUGAUUGUGGUGGCGAGGAUGUUGCAGCUAGAGUGCUAUCCUGUGCAAAACUGCUGAAGUUGAUGAUGUUAAUGGCGUGGCUGUGACACUGGGGGCUCUUCUCGUAUGAGCAUAAGAGCAUGAUAAGCAGAAGCUCAAGUUUAUGACAACUACUACUUAGGAGUCUUCUGAUACAUUUGCUUUGCAUGGCGGCAAGGCAGGGCUCCGUGAGUAUUUUGCUUGCAGCUUCGGAGUCAUCAUGUGUCGCUGUAUAUGACCACAAGAUAUAUGACCACAAGAUCAUGUACCACAUCCACAGGUUGCACGUGAUAGCACCCCUGAAAGAGAGUUCUUGGAAACCGCACCCUGUGACGCGGAUUCCCGACGAUGGACCGACCACGCUAUGGAUCUGUAUGGCCGCGGGCCAAGCGCAAAGCUUCGGCGCCAUCGGGUGGAACAGGAUAGGCGUUUUCGUGUUGACUGCGGUAACGACGCUUUUUCUUGGCGUUUUUGUGUUGACUACUUUAAAAGGAGUUUGAUGUCUUCCACCACACUACGUGACGAAGCCAGCGAUCACAUGCUAAAGCAGUUGAAGCGCAAGGAUUGCCUACUAUACAACAAUUCUUGUCCACUGCCAGCGUUUGAGCGGGCAGAAAGUGAAAGUCCCGAGGAGGUAUUGGACGAGGCAACAGGCUGCGAUGAAGAUGAACUACAAAUAAAUCGGCUGAAAAUAAACCCCGCCUGCAAGUCCGAGGCCUGCGCGCGCGCGUUGGCAGCUUGGAAGGAAAAGUUUAAGGCGGAAGUCUUGCCGCAAUGGAUGGAGGCAGAAUUCAGAAAAUUCUGGACGCAGUAUUGGGCUAAGGCCGUUGCGAGGGGGCCUGACGAACUGCACGAAAUAAAUUCCUGCACCGACGACCGGCAUCACCGAAUCGCUCCAAUUGCCGAAGUCCACGAAAAUACAGCUCGCGGCCAGUUGUCUCUUCCGAAACUACCUGUUCUGGCGAAGAGAGACGAAUUAGAGCGCCCUUGCUACGAGUACUUUCUGUGGAAGUCUGGUGUGUUGUACAAACUAGCCCGUUUUCUGUUCAACCUGCGAAUUCGUUCAGAAUCAGAAUUGGACAGGUGGGACUGGUGGCACAAAACUGAUUUGCCUGACAAAACUCUCGUUGCCGAUCCUGUCACUGGUCGCGUACGUCAAGAGGUCCUGCUCGACGAGAGGGACGUCGGGAGGCUACUGCACCAUUUCGUGCAGCAAUAUUUUCCGGUCGAGCUUAAGCACCUCGCCGAGGGGAUGCUGCAACAAACGGGCUGUGGGGAUCAUAGGUCGGGCCUGCAAAGGGGCUCCUGGUCCUUUGCGUCCCCCUCGUGCAAUGAGGGUACAAGUUAUCUACAGGAAAUUUAUUCCCGUACACGUACAAAUGCAGUUUCUGCAUGAAAAAACUGGGCUUCGUUCCUAGUUUAGCAUGGCAAGUGUUCUUACGCUCCAAAUUGGUGAAAUUUGUGAUGCAUCUUGUACAUGUACUACGGGGCAUUUGUAUUGCAUACAACUUCUGGUGAGGGUCCUGCGCUGAAAUCGUCGAGUGGUGGUGCGGCCUCGACGCCGGGCGGUAGCGGCUCAGAUCCGUCUGGUCCUUCUGGAACACAUCACGCUGGUGUUGGGGCAAGUGGUAUCGUAAAGAAAAAUCCCCCCUCCCCAUAUUGAAAACGCAUCCAUCUGAAAAUUUGUGAUGCACAUUUGUGACCUCAAAUCUUGUCUGUCUUGCAAGAAGGCAAGUCCAGAGAGCCCCCUGCAUUUUGCAGGCGGUUUGUGAUGCUGUUGGACUUAGAGCAUACACGUUUGUUAUGCUAGGCGCCUACGUCAAAACCUCUCGGCCGAGGCUUGACAUAUGCCUGCAGUCCUGUACUGCAAGACAAAUCCGAUCUGUGUACGGAAAUCCAGCAUCAGAAACUUCGUUUCGAUAUGGGGAGGGGGGAUGUUUCCUUCUGAUAAGUGGCACCGCGACGUCGCCGCCCCGUGCAGCACAAAAACCGCUGUUGUCCCGUGGGGAGGAGUAUGCACUGCAAAUAUGUCUGGGUCUGGAAGGGUGUAAACUUGUGAUGCUGCAUCUGGAUUCCAAGGAAAUCUGUAUUGCGAGGCCAGCAAAAGGAAUCUAAAUCUAAUUGGUGCUACGCUGAGAGUGCAUUUGUCAUGCGAAAUAGGUACCAAGAACCCCUCAAAGAAUCUGUGAUGCUAGGGCAUGCAUCACAGACGUCAUGGCCCAUGCAAAACGUGCAUGACAAGUCUCAGAAUCGUUUAGACCCAGACAUAUUCGCAAUGCAUAAGGAGUUCGGGCGACGGGUGGCCGGGCACAUGGUCGCCGAAAACGAGCGGAAGCGCAAGGCCUUGGCCUCGGAGUUGCGCCGGGAGCGGGAGCGGGAUAUGCUGUGGCUGCGGCGGCUGUGCAAAGAAACCGAGCGGGAAAUCGAUUGUUCCUUGCGUCCCCGGGCUGUCCGGGUUUGGCACAGCAGCGCCGACGAGAAGUACGGCAACACUCCGGGCGCGCGGAUAGAGAAGUUCAGGGAAAAACAAGAAGAACUCAAGUGCGCGCAUCGCAUGUGUCGCGAGUUUUUCAGGAGGAAGUGGACCUCCUCCACCGGGGCAGCAUCAUCUUCCGACGCGGCAGCAGCUUCUUCGUCAGGAGAUCUCGUUCAUCCUAGUGCAGGGGAACAAGGAGGUUCAUGCAGGAGCAGCAUUUUGGAGCCCAUAAAUGCGCUAACUCUGUUUCGCUGCAGGCCCCCCGCCGGCAUGACCAAGCCGGCUGCGCCAAGUGCUCCUGCGACGGAUGGUGGGUCUCCUGCAGUAUCCUCUGGCAGCUUCUACUGCAACUUCGGUGAAGAUGUUGAAAAAUCCUCAUCGCAGCUAUUCAACCGACACCUCGGCCUCGUCGACCCAUUUUUGGACGAAGCUUCGUCGCGGCUGGACGAAUUGCGCGACCUUGGGCUGUAUGCAUUACAUACAAAUAUGUCUGGGUCCGGAAGAGUGCAAGACUUGUCAUGCUAGUCUGGCAUGACGCUGAGCUCUGUAUUGCGUGGCCAGCGAGAGGUCCUCUUGUCUGUCGUGCAAGAAGGCUGUUUGUCAUGCGGAUUACGCAACAUGGAGCCACAGAAAAAUUUGUCUUGCUUGGCGGCGCAUCACCAUGCGCUUUCUAUUCACCGACAUGCAUCACAGGUUUCCAGACCCAGACAUAUUUUUUGCACUCGAUAGGGAGACGCUGGAGGCCGGGUUUGCCGAUCCAGGGGACCGCGAGCGCGCUAUCAAAAGGAAAAAUCCCCCCUCCCCAUAUCGACACGAAGUUUCUGAUGCUGGAUUUGCUUACACAAAUCGGAUCUCUCUUGCAGUCGAGGACUGCAAGCCCAUAUCAAGCCCGAGUAGAGAGGUGCUGGCCUAGGUGCUUAGCAUGCGACAGGCCUAUGCUAUAGGCCCAGUAGCAUCACAAACCGCCUACAUAAUGCGGCGGGGCCUGUGGGGUUGCCUCUUUGCAAGACAGGGACGAUUUGUGGUCACAAAUCAGCAUGGCAAAUUUUCUGAAGUGUGUCUUUUCGAUAUGGGGAAAGGGGAUUUUUUCUUACGAUACGCGCCGAGGAAUUGGCCGCACUGGACCCGUGUGGGGCGCGAUUGCUGGAAUUGGAACGCCGCGUGGAUGAGUGCCUCAACUUCUACGUUCCCCCGGACGGAGGUUCUUCGGUUGAUGAAGGUGAGCCCGAGGGUGAAUCUGUGCCUGAGGUGGGAUGGCAUGCUCGCCUGUUUGGGUCGGAAUACGACCCGUCAUCGGGGGACGACCCGUCGUCGGACGACGCUCGAAACGACCCGUCGUCGGACGAGGAAGACUGAGGAUGUCAAAAAUUAUGCAUGGGUCGGAAUACGACCCGUCGUCGGACGAGGAAGACUGAGGAUGUCAAAAAUGCAUGCAAAGACCGUUGACGCAUGUGCGUUCUUCUACAAGGAAAUCGAACGCGUUAUUAGAAAUUUAGAUAAUUUUUCCGAGAGCGCUGAUGCAGCGGUUUACUGAUAGUGUAGUUCUGCUUUGUAGUUUUCCCCUGUCCUUUUGAGCAGCCGUUUGUUCAGAACCUCCACCAAAGUGGGCUAUCUACAAGAGAAAUACCCCUUAUUUGACUUGUUCUGCACCUGCAGUGAAGAAGUCUGAAAAAUUUUAAUUGUCAUCUGUGCUCUCCUUUUAUUUUGGUGCGGGGAGAAAGAGCAUUACACAUAAGCAACACGAUGUUGGCUUUCUUGCACAUGAUGGGGAUUUGGAAGAACAUACAAGAAUGUUUUGAUGUUGAUAAACAUACUACGUGAUAUUAUGAGAUGGAUUUGGAGAUUGACAUUCAUUGAUAAUAUUCGGUCACGCACCGCAAUUUCUACAUAUUGCAUUCGUACUAGUAGCAACAUAGCCUUCAUUGUUUGUGGAAUUUAUAAAGAGAACGUAUCUUCAUCAUGCAAAGAAUAGCGCAAGCCCUUGUUGUAGAUAUCAUAUACAUACACUCAUCAUCGGUGUUGGUGUCCACCAGUUCUGUUGUUUCUUUUUAAUGCGAAGAUAUGCGAUGCUGCACGCUUGUGCCGUGUUGGAACCAAUCGCAUGAAAACACGGAAAGAAGAUAAAGGCCGGGGAUAUUUUUAGACAGGUCGGAGAACGACCACAGGUCUCUGUACUUGAAGCAUAUUGAAGACAGCCGUUUGUCCUCAAGAAAAAACACCUGAAUUCGCACUGCACGACCAAGAUUGAAGCAAACGGAACGCCAAACUAGAU